AUGGACGGAUUCAACUCACUUCCAUGGCCACCUGAUAAUCAGAACUCAACAAUGCCUGGUGCGGAAACAGCUGAUGAUGAGUUUGGUGGACCAAACGAAGUUGAUGGUCAACAACAACAAAGUGCGCCGCCAUCUUAUUACUUUCCGAAUGAAGUUCAGAUGGGUUUGAUGGCAGAAGAAUAUAAUCAACUUGAAACCGGCGAUACAGCACCUUCUAACUUCCGGCUCAAUCGAUCUCAAUAUCUGGCCGCACGCUGCGGCAACCUUCCGCCACAUCUUAGUAACAGCUUUGGGUUUGCUCAUGGCAAUGCACGUAUGCAGGCUGGCUCCAAUAAAUACACAGAUGACUACGCAUCUCCAAUGUUCGCAUCGCCAGCUUCUCUACAUGCCAACCAACCACUGAAUACAGGUUCGAAUCAACUUGCCUUUGAUGACCAACGAGGAGGUUCAUUCUAUUGCGACUCUAGAAUGACACCCAAUCAAUCAGGCAAUUUUCAACCCACCUCUUAA